AUGAGCACGACCUGGACGCUGUCCCCGGAGCCGCUGCCGCCGUCGACGGGGCCGCCGGCGGGCGUGGGCCUGGAUGCUGAGCAGCGCACCGUGUUCGCCUUCGUGCUCUGCCUGCUCGUGGUGCUGGUGCUGCUGAUGGUGCGCUGCGUGCGCAUCCUGCUCGACCCCUACAGCCGCAUGCCCGCUUCGUCCUGGACCGACCACAAGGAGGCGCUCGAGCGUGGCCAAUUCGACUACGCGCUGGUCUGA